AUGUUUACUAGCUCCGAGUGGGAUGAGUGUAAAUGGUCCAAGACGGUCAAGAGGAAAGCAAGUUACAACACCGUGAUGUCUAUUAGUUUUUGGAAUGGUGUGACUUCUUUCUUGACUACUUUUGCUCCUUUGAUGAAGGUGCUUCGCAUAGUGGAUGCCGAUAAGAAGCCGUCGAUGGGAUUUUUGUAUGGGGAGCUUAUGCAUGCCAAAGAGGAUAUAAAAAGUGUCUUGAACAAUCUUGCCAAGAACUAUGAUCCCAUCUUAGAAAUCAUUGACACGAAGAUGAUGGGUAGAUUGGACACCCCAUUGCACUUGAUGGCAUAUCUACUAAAUCCUUAUUAUCAUUAUAAGGACCCGAAUCUCGUACUAGAUCAAGUUGUUUCGGAUGGAGUUUUUGAUUGUCUUGAUGUCAUUUGUCAAGGUAACUUUGAUUUGAUGGAUAAAAUCAUGAACGUCGAGUUGCCCAUUUAUAAGACAAAGGGAGGAGUCUUUGGGAAGCCAAUUGCCGCAAAAGGUUGUGAAGUAAACGACGAGAAGUUUGAUCCGGCUACUUGGUGGUUAAAUUAUGGAUGUGGAACGCCUAAUUUGCAAAGAGUUGCCAUAAGAAUCUUGUCAUUAACCACAAGCUCGUCCGGAUGUGAAAGAAAUUGGAGUACAUUUGAAGGGAUACAUACAAAAAAAAGAAAUCGGCUUGAUGUUUCCCGCUUGAACAAUCUAGUCUAUGUCCAAUUCAAUUCUCGUUUAUUGAACAAGCGCAAAUGGAGGAAAGAAAAGGAUGUGUUACUUGCUAGUGAGGCAAGUAAAGCUCGAGAGUGGAUUAUUCCGGGAUUAGUAGACGAGGAAGAUGAGGACGUUAAUGGACUUGAAGUUGAGGAUGGCACAUCAAGAGUGAGAGAGCUUGAAGAAGAAGAUUUUGAAUCCGAGGAAGAGGAACAAGUUAAUGAGAAUGACAUUGACUUUGAGUCGGAUGAAGAGCGUGUAUUGGAGAAUUAUGGAGAAGAAGAAGAAGAUCCUCUUAAAGUUCUUGUAUUGCAGGUGAAUCAAUUGCUGCAGGUUGCACAAAAGUGUCAAAGCACGAUAUCUGAAAGCGGGCCUGAUGGUGUUUCCCAACCAGAUUUACAAGCAAAAAACAGUUUAAAAGUGAGACGGAUAAUUUACAAAUCUUUUUUUUUUUUUUUUUCUCUUGGAAAUGUGAUAUCUGAGGUCGUGAAUAGCAUGAAAGACCUGAUGGAAUUCUGCACAUCUCAUAAAAUUGGUCCUAUUG